AUGGUAAUCCAGCACCGCGCGGCUGCGUGCUCGACGUGCUGCAUCAGCGCCGCGGGCGCGUGGGCGCCCGCCGCCAAGCACUCCGUCUUGCCCGCCUGCCCGCGGCGCACCUCUGCGCGCGGGCUGCCCGCCGCAGUUUGCAGCGCCCGCGCGCUCGCUGGGCCCCUGCGGGUCGUGUCUGGGACCUACGACUACUACUGCCAGGAUCUCGAGCCUGGAGGCGAGAUCUUCGCGCCCGAGGGCCUGCUGCCUUCGGCGGGCCCCGCGGGCCAGUUCGACGGCGACUAUUUGGGCGAGCAGAUUAUCGAGAAGGGCGGAGUCGACGAGCUUUCCAUGCCCUUCAAGAAAUGGCGCCGGGUCUACUACAUGGCGAAGGAGAACGCCGACCCUCACUGGGCGGCCGCAGACCCUCGCAAGAGGGUCCAGGUGAUCAACGUGCGCGACAGGAGCAAGGUGAGCCCCGCGCCCAAGCAGGACAUCGACUACGCGGACGUUCCAGGCUUCUCGAACGCCGACCUCAUUCAGAUCGAGAAGCAGUCCGCAAGCGCGGUGCGGAAGCGGAACAACCGAGCGGCGCUGACUUCCACGCCCGCACCAAAGAAGGGAGGAGGGCGCCAGGGCCGGCUCCCUUUCGUCGGGGCGGCGGUCAACAUCAUCGGUGGUAUCCUCUCGUGGAGUGCCUUGGGUUACUGGGGCGGAGCAUCGCGGGCCAUCUACGUCGUCGGGAAGCGGCUCAAGGCCUGGUCGGCGCCCCACGGGAUAUGCUCGGCCGCCAGAGAGGUGGCCUCGUUCAGCGAGUACGCCAGCGAGAACAUGGAGGAGUUCAGCGAGCAUUUCGAGGACCUGGACUUCGAGCUCAUGUGCCUGAUCGCUGCGGGCGCCUUCCCCCUCUGGGGCCUCCUCAAGAAGGGUUCCGAGCUACGGCGGUUGGCCAUGAGGUCUGCGGGGCUGGACUCGGACAGCGACUCGGACGGCUCGGGCUCCGAUCGCGAGUUCGGACGCAGCGUGUCGGAGGUCGGGGAGGACGUCCAGAUGCCAGAGCUUCUCGCCUCUUUGCUGCAGAGCCAGUCGGAGCUCGCGGAGAAGAUCUCGCAGCUGAAGCAGCACGGGACUCCCCAGUCUUCGGGGGGCCUCGCGGGCGGCCCGACCAGUUCGACCCCUCGCGCGGAGCGGGGGGCGGAGCUGGAGUCGCCGAGGAGGGGCCAAGACAUCGACUCAUCGAUCGACGCUCUCUUGGGAAGGCUACAGGAGCACGAGUCUAUCGUGAAGACGGACGCUGGAACUCGGGGAACUGCGAUGCGGGGCCCCGAGGGGCUGGCGCUCCAGAUGAGGCCGGGUGCAGCGUCAAGCGGAAGCCCUUCCAGCAGUCCGGCGCAGGCUCUGAUCGAGGUCAUCGAGAAGGAGACGGUCGACCCGCGCGGAGCCCUCAUGGAGCACCGCCACAAGUACAAGGACAUCGAGGGCUGGAACCUGGCGGGGGCGAAGGCGAGGAUCGCGCCGCAGCACUUGGCUCGCAUCUACAGGGGGGGGCAGGGCUGCGUCCGAGACGGCCAGCACGACGCGCGGGCCUCGGACGAGAACGAGCUCGCGACGCCGGGGGCCGACGAGGAGGUCAGGCUCAGGCUGGAGAAGAAGGCCUUUUUCAACAAGUACCUGACGAAGGCCCAAGAGGGUGCUCGCGACCCCGUGGACACCUUGCCUUUCUUGGCGCCACCUCUGGAGUGGCCGAGCGGCGUCGAGAGGCCAGAACGGGCGACGGACGCCCUCGCGGUGGACUACGUCGACUCGGCCAUCCUCGCACUCGACGGCCUCCACCAGGGAAAGGUGAGUUUGCCGCCGGCUGGGGCUACGCCGGUCGACAUGAUGAAGGCGCCCCCGACAGCAGCGGAGUUCCUCAACUUCCCGGACCAGAUGAUCGAGAGGGACGAGGAGGUCGACUGGGUGAAGUUCGAUGACACCAAGGCCUUCAUGUCCCCCGAGCUGAAGGACAAGAGCAACCUCUUGCUGCUGGCGGCCCGACUCUGGGAGGCGGGGAUGCUGGCAACGUGCGAGCAAACUAUGGAGACAGUGUCGGUCGUCACGGUGCUGAAGAAGCAGGAGGCGGGGCGACGGGCAUCCAGGCUUGUCUGGGACUUGCGGCGAUGCAACCUCCGAUGGCGUGCCCCGCCUUGGGUCCCGCUUGGCAUUCCGAUUUCAAUUGCCAACAUCGAGCUGACCGACGAUAUGAUCGGGUGUCAGAUUUUCACGGUGGCGCACGGCGACUUGCCCGACUUCUGCUAUACCAUCUUGAAGCCGUCCUGGCUACACCCUUGGUUCGUCCUCGCGGGGAUCCCCCCGACCGAGUUGAAGAACUUCGCCGAGUCCGAGGGUUUUGCUUGGGCCGACGAGGUGGGCACCGCGAAGCCGUACUUGGCGUUGAAGGUGCUUCCCAUGGGUUGGAGCUGGUAUGUUUUCUUCGUUCAUUCGACGUUGCAGGACGUCAUUCACCACGGCGCUGCUGGCCUCGAGCCGGGCGGCCAACUCGUGGACGGGACUCCCACUCCGCAGUUCGACGCUUUCAGGAAGCUCUUCUGGUUCUUCAUCGGCGACUUCGCGGUGGGCGAGGUCCACGACAGCAACGCCGAGCACGACGAGCUGAAGGCGCGCCAGACCCUGCUCGAGUGGAAGGAGGCGAUCAAAGGAGCCGGCUUCAAGGUGCACAAGGGCGUGGUCGAGCAUGGUGUCUCCGCGUUCUUGGGGUUCAUCAGCGAGCUGGGCAGGGAUCAGCGUCGGCAGUUGUGGGCAGGAGUCAAGGCCGAGCUUGCGUCGCUGGUCGCCCUGCUCCCGCUGUUCUCGGUCGACCUGAAGGCGAAGUGGAACCAGUGGGCGUGCAUGCCGGAUGCUUCGGACGAGGGAUGCGGGGUGAUCGCCGCUGCCACCGCGCCGUCGGAGGCGAGGGCCGAGGCCCGCUGGGCCCGGCGCCGAGGGCGGUGCGCGAAGCUGGAGGCCGCCUACUCGGAGGUCGAGGAGUCGGAGAGCAUCCACGAGGACAAUGCGCAGGGCAACGCGACCCGCUCCUUGGCGGAGCGAGUCGCGCGGCAGCGUGCAUCGUGGCGGCCUGGCUUCCUGCCCCUCUUCUCGGGCGCGGGCGUCCUCGACUCAGCCAUCAGGGAGAAGCGUUUGUCCUGUGUCGAGAGCUGGGACAUCGAGAUGGGCCCCCCCUUCGACAUGUCAGACCUUGCGCGGGUGGCGAUCCUGAUCCGACGGAUCCGUGCCAAGUGCUACUGGUGCGUCCACCUUGCGCCGCCGUGCUCGUCGUUCAGUCGGGCCCGUCAGCCGUUCGCGACUGUCGACAUCCUUAGGGUCGGCCGCGACUGGAAGGGAGAGCUGCGCG